AUGAACCGAUGGGCGAGGGUGUUCAGGUGGCAUCGGAUGCAGAAAGAGGACGAUGAAGAGGAGAAGAAAGAGGAGGGGAAAGAUGAGAAGAAGCUUCCGGCAAAGCCCAAAGUGAAAUGGACGGAGUGGGUGGUUGACCCAUCAGAGGAGUUUUAUUAUGGAUGGCUCCAGGUCAUGAUCUUCCCCGUCUUCUACAACUGGAUCAUCAUCAUCUGUAGGACAUGCUUUAAGGAAAUAGAGGAUGAAUUCCUGACACUGUGGCUCACGCUGGACUACUGCUCCGAUCUCCUGUACGUGGCUGACACCAUCAUCAAAUUUCGCACUGGUUUCCUAGAACAGGGUAUCCUGGUGCAGGACAGGGACCGUCUGAAGAAGCGGUACCUCUUCUCCUCACAUUUCCUGUUGGACCUGGCCUCCCUACUGCCCACUGACCUCCUCUAUCUGUACUUCGGCAUCAACCAGCCACUGGUGAGGGUCAACCGCUUCCUCCGUAUCUCCCGGCUCAACGAAGCCAUGGACCGCAUGGAGACCCGUACCUCUUACCCCAACACCUUCCGCAUCUCCAAGCUUAUGCUCUACAUCUUCGUGCUCAUCCACUGGAACGCCUGCAUCUACUUCGCCCUGUCCAGUUACAUCGGCUUCGGGGUGGACCGCUGGGUUUACCCAAACAUCACCGACCCUAUGUUCUCCCCAGUGAGGCACCAGUACAUCUACUGCUUCUGGUUCUCUGCGCAGAUCUUCACCACGGUGGGCGACACGCCACUGCCCGACCGCGAGGAGGAGUACCUGUUUAUGAUUGCUGAUCUGCUGAUCGCCGUUCUGGUGUUUGCCUCCGUCGUGGGGAACGUGGGGAACGUCAUCACCAACCUCAGGGACCGAGACAACGUCUUCUUCCCCAACCACGAGCUGGUCAAAGGUUACCUGCGCAACAGGUACAUCAGCAAGGAGUUGCGUAACCGUGUCAACGACUGGUACCAGCACCUGUACAUCAACCGUAAGAUCACGAGGGAGAACGAGAUCCUGCAGCAGCUUCCCGUCCAGCUGCAGACGGAGAUCGCUGUGAGCGUACAUCUGCCAACGCUCUCCAAGGUCACCAUCUUCCAGAACUGUGAGACCAGUCUGCUGGAGGAGCUGGUGCUCAAACUCAUCCCGCAGGUGUAUAGUCCCGGGGAGUACGUGUGCAGAAAGGGGGACGUGGGACAUGAGAUGUACAUCAUUAAGGAUGGGAAACUGGCUGUGGUGGCAGACGAUGGCAUCACACAGUUCGCUGUGUUGAGUGACGGCAAUUUCUUCGGGGAAAUUAGCAUCCUGAACAUCAAAGGAAACAAAUCAGGCAACCGUCGGACGGCCAACAUCCGCAGCAUCGGCCACUCAGACCUGUUCAGCCUUUCCAAGGAGGACCUGACAGACGUGCUGUCUGAGUUCCCAGCUGCCAAGCGACACCUGGAGGAGAAGGGUCGUCAGAUCCUCACUAAGAUGGGCAUGUUGGUGGAGGCCGCGGAAGGCGAGGAGGAGCAGGACGAGGAGAAGGUGGAGGUCAAGGUGGAGAGACUGGAGGGUAACCUGAACACCCUGCAGACCAAGCUGGCCCGUUUAAUGGCAGAGCUGGAGUCCAGCAACCGCAAGAUCCUGGCCAGGGUGGAGCAAUUGGAGCUAGAGACAGAGGGCUGGGAGGACAACUCGCCUGAGGAGGGAGAGGGAGGGGAGGUGGAGAGAAGGGAUGGGGUGGGGAUGGAAGUUGAGGGGGAGCGAGGAGAGGCGGAGGGAGAGGACCAGGCAAAGGGGACUAAAAGAGAGAAUGAGGGAGAGAAGCACGCGGAAGACACUAAAAGAGAGGAUGAGGACUGA